AUGGGAAAGCCAAAGGGAAUCCGUACGGCUCGUCGUCUCAAAAAGCACCGUCAAGAACAGCGCUGGCAUGAUCAGAGAUACAAGAAGGCCAACCUCGGAACCCGGUGGAAGGCCGAUCCUUUCGGUGGCGCUUGCAUGGCCAAGGGAAUCGUUAUUGAGAAGAUGUAAGUGUCUUUUAAUGUUGUUAUGGGUUUAGAUUGUGAGAAUAGGUCUUUUAGGCCAAAAUUAAUACUUGCCUAUUUGCUUAGGCGGUUUUGUGAAGGCAGUUUUGGAUGUUGUUUUAGGCCAGAAAAGAACUAGAAUAGAAUCUGGCAGAUCGGGGACCUAAUUUCUCUUAUUUUCAGCGGUGUCGAAGCCAAACAGCCCAACUCUGCCAUCAGAAAGUGUGUCCGUGUUCAGCUCAUCAAGAACUCCAAGAAGAUCACCGCCUUCGUCCCCAAGGACGGUUGCUUGAACUUUGUUGAAGUGAGUUCUUUUAUUUUUCUUUAGUUUUUAGCCUAUUUUGUCGAAAAUAACGUAAAUUCUUUCAGGAAAACGACGAAGUUUUGGUAUCUGGUUUCGGUCGCUCAGGUCACGCCGUCGGAGAUAUUCCCGGUGUUCGUUUCAAGGUUGUCAAGGUCGCGAACACUUCCCUGAUUGCCCUGUUCAAGGGAAAGAAGGAGCGCCCACGUUCUUAA